ACCAAACAACAAAAAAUAAAAAUAAAAAUGAACAACUAGCGACAAACCUAUCUAUCAAUCAUCGUAGCUAACACACACAGUUCCGAAUCCUUCUUUGGGCGAUUGUAGAAGAAGAAGAAAAAGAAGGGUUCAACUUCGAAAAUUUUCAUACACGAUUCAACUCGAGUGUGAUUUUUGUAAAAAUUGACCCUUUGUGCUGAAAAUAGAUCUGUGGGUUGUUUUUGAUGGAUUUCAAUUGCAGGUUGUUUUGGUUGAGAGGGGUGUUUGUUUGAAAUUGUGGUGUGGAGAAGGAGAAGAUGGAGGGUGAGGAAGGAGGAGGUGUAAGGCUGAGCAAGAGAUUCAAUGAUGAUAAGGGUGGAGGGGAAGUUGAUUAUAAGACGAAAUCGGGUACUGCGUGGAGUCAUAAUUUCCUUAACCAAAAACCAUGGCAUCCUUUGUCUUAUCCUAAUCAGCGCCGUAAGUGGAUUGCUGAACAAACUCAUGCUCAACGUGAACGCCGAACUGAAGAAGUUGCUCGUGAGUAUGCUCAGGAGCAAGAGUUUUAUCGCACGACAUCUCUCAUCUCGAAGAAGGACAAGGAAAAGGUGGAGCUUAUGCAAGCUGUUAGCUUUAUGUAUGUUCGUCCUCCUGGUUACAAUCCUGAAAGUGCCAAGGCUGCAGAGUUGAAUGACGAGAAGAAAAAAGAAGAUACGGUGAAUAAUGAGCCUACACAAACAAAUCCCGAUGGACCUUCUUCAUUGCCGCCGCAUGGAGAGAAGAAAAAACCGAGGCCUAAAGAUGUUUUUGGCCGUGCUCUACCAACUGAAGAAGAAUUCGAAGUUCUUAAAAAUGCACCAAGGCAUGAAACAGGAGUUGCUGCAAGGGCAAAACCUUUUGGAGUUGAAAUUCGCAAUGUUAAAUGUUUAAGAUGUGGAAACUAUGGUCACCAAAGUGGUGAUCGUGAAUGUCCCUUGAAGGAUGCUAUAAUGCCAAACGAGGAAAAUAGAUUGAAAAGAGAUGACCCUUUGAAUGCUAUCCUUGCCCACACAGAUCUUACUGAGCCUCUAAAAUGGGAGCUCAAGCAGAAGCCAGGAAUCAGUCCUCCUCGUGGAGGGUUUAAACCAGACGACCCCAACCAGCAGAUAGUUGCUGAGGAAGAGGACAUAUUUGAUGAAUAUGGAGGUUUUCUCAAUAUGGGCGAUAUCCCUGAUUUAUUGACCAACUUAUCUAAAAAACCAAAAAAGUCCAAAAACAAGAAGCACAAAAAGCAGAAGCUAUUGCAUUCAGAAAGGGAAGCAUCUUUAGAUGAUGGAGAGAGUAGAUCUAAGAAAAAAAGAGUUAAGGAAAGCAAAAAGAAGCGAGAUUAUAAAGAGUCAAGUUCAUCAGGCUCUUUUGCCUCUGAAAAAGUUCAUGGAAAGAGCAGAAACAAGCAUUCAGAUGAUUUUGAUAGUGACAGAAACGAUCCAAGUAGAAAAACUAAACCAGAACGUUCACUUUCACUCAAAGAUUAUGAUCAUCCCAGGCACGGUAGGAGUAAACAUGGCAAGCGAAGGCAUUCCUUUUCAUCUGAGGAGUCUGGCCCUGAUUGUUACAAUGGAAAUUAUAAGAAUAGGGAUAGGCGUUCGUAUUCAUCUGAAGAUCCUGACAGUGACAGGGAUGAUCGAGGUAGAAAGAAUAUUCAAAAGCACAAGAGGAAACAUGGCAGAAAAAGACAUUAUAAUUCUGAUGAGAAGGAUUCUGGUCCUGCCGAUUAUCAUUUAAAACAGAAGGGCAGAGAUGAGCAUUCUUAUAAAUCAGAUGAUUGUAAUCAUCAACGUCAACCCGAGGAUAAAAUAAGCAGCCAUAAGUAUUCAUCAAUAAUCCACUGCGAUUCUCAAAGGCAUCAUGUAAGUUUUAGUCAUGAUCGGUACCGUGGAAGUCAGAAGAGCAGGUCUGAGCAUUCUUGUUCUUCUAAUGAUUCUGAUGUUGAAAAGAAUGAUCAAAGUAGAAGGAUCAAAGAAGAACGUGGAAGUCAAAAGAGGAGAGAAGAACAUUUAUAUUCUUCCGAUGAUUCUGAUGUUGUAAAGAAUGAUCGAAGUAGAAGGAUUUGUUCUUCUAAUGAUUCUGAUGUUGAAAAGAAUGAUCAAAGUAGAAGGAUCAAAGAAGAACGUGGAAGUCAAAAGAGGAGAGCAGAACAUUUAUAUUCUUCCGAUGAUGUUGUAAAGAAUAAUCGAAGUAGAAGGAUAAAAGAAAAACAUGGAAAUCAAAAGCGCAGAACUGAACAUUCUUAUUCUUCUGAUGAUUCUGAUGAAAAGAAUGAUCGAAGCAGAAGGAUAAAAGAAAAAUAUGGAAGUGUGAAGAGAAGAGCUGAACAUUCUUAUUCUUCCGAUGAUUCUGACGUUGAAAAAGAUAAUCGAAGUAGAAGGAUAAAAGAAAAAGAUGGAAGUGUGAAGAGAAGAGCUGAGCAUUCUUAUUCUUCCGAUGAUUCUGACGUUGAAAAGGAUUGUCGAAGUAGAAGGAUCAAAGAAAAACAUCGAAGUCAGAAGAGCAGAGCUGAGCGUUCUUAUUCUUCCGUUGAUUCUGAUGUUGAAAAGGAUGGUCGAAGUAGAAGGAUCAAAGAAAAACAUUGCGGUACGCCUGAUGGUUCUGAACAUGCUGAGAUUGAUGUGCGCCAACAGAACAGAGAAAAGCCUUCAUAUCAUAGAAGUGAAAAGAGUUACAUUCAUCGUGAAAAACAUAAGCUGAGAAAAAGCUUUCACAAGCAUUGAAUAACUCAUUUCAACUUGAAUGUGUAUCACACGAAUUGUGGAGCAAGGCACAAGUUUUCACAAACUUUCAUCGAAGUCUUCCAAGAGGUUGUCAACAUAUUGAACAUUUUCAUUAUUUUAGUCACCGUGCUCAUCAAUCUGAUCCUAUGAAGUUGUUUGAUUUAUUAAAUAGGAAGCAAAAAUUUACCGCACCAUGAAUCUGUUGUAUAUCUGUUAUAUGAUAGUAGUGCUUUUUCACAAGCUCAAAGCCUCCAAUCUGUGCUUGAGAAAGUUGAUGUCAAAGCGACUAUCUUCAAUCAACAAGUAACUAUUAAAUUACUUUCUCUAACUUGACUCGAGUCUGAACUGUAAUUAUUGCUAUUGUUUUUCUAACACUGGAUCAAUUCAAUUUUGAAUAUUUCACUCCA